AUGUACUAAAUUUAUUUGACUUUUUUAAGAGACAUCGAUGUCGAAUUGAAGAAAACACUUGAAUCAUCUACACAAGUUGUAAAUGAUCACAUUUUGCAAAGAACAUGUAAACAAUAAGACCUAGAAUUCGUGACUAAAAAAUUAGAAGAUUUCAAAUUUCAAGUUGAUAAGUAUGGCAUUUAGGCGAUAGAAAAGUUUAGAGAAAAUUUAAAAGCCAAUAUAGAGGGACCAAUUCAAGCUUAGACACAUUUUAUAGCCAUGAAAAAUCAAAGACAAAAAAGUAAGUCUUAUAAGAUGGAUGAUCUGGAAAGAGUUAUUGAUAACAGAAUCUAAGAAGCAAGUGAAAAAUAGAAACAACAAUUAAUUCAUUAUUUGGACACAUUUGAAGAAGAAUUCAGAUUUCAAAAUUAGGAAAUGGCUAAUGAAUAUUAAUAAAUUGAAAAGGAACUACAGGACUUAUAACUAAAGGAUUGAUUCAAUUUUAUUUUAUCUAUUUUUCAUGCAAAAUAGUAAUAAAGAAUUA